AACUCCACGGACUUCGUGACGAGGAAGCGGCUGGUGGGUUGGCUGCUGCUGGCGCGGGAAGGCGACGAUGCUCUGGUGCAGCCGCAGGCGCUCACGGCCCCGUGGCGCCCGGAGCCGCUGUGCGACGCAGCGGCGGAAGGCCGGUUGCCGGAUCUGAGGCGCUACUUGCACGAGCUUCCCAUCACUUGGCCCAGGGAUGAGCAGGGUCGCACGCCGCUGCAGUUGAGUGUCUUGCACCAGCACCUACCUUGCGCUGUUCGGCUGUUGGAGGCUGGCGCUGAUGCUGAAGAAGCUCUGCGUGAAUGCGAGCAGAGGGACGAUGAAAUCGAUGAGUUGUGCUCUGCGCUGCUUGGUGCCUUUGCUGGCGCAGAGUCCGAUGAGUCGAGGCUUCAGUCGGCGCUGAAGAGUUUGGACCCAGCUGAGCGAAACGUCGCGCGCACCCAGCUGGCAAGACUUCAAGGCACCAAAUCCGAGGACGGCAUCGACAACGACCCCGACGCUGCCUCUGCGUCCACGGAGACGGCUGAGGGCGAGUCGAAGCUGGGGGAAGAGCUGGCUGCUUCGUCGUGUCUCUACGAAGCCUCAGAGGCUUCUGAAAGCAGUGAAAAGGAAGCUUCGAGACGCCAAAUGGCGCAGAGAAAAAAGCGACGUUCGAGGCGGGCCUCCUUCUCUGGACGAGGACAGUUGGCUGCCAGCUCCCGUGCAUCCUCUCCCAGCGUAUCUGACUCGGAGGUUGAGGUGAAGACAGCCGAGGCCUUCCGAAAUUGGUUGGAAGAUCGACCGAGCAUGUUCCGCCUCUCAGCUGUGAGGUGUGUGGACACUGGCAUUGCUUGGGAUUUUCCCUUGACCAAGAGCGAAAAGCGGGAGCUCCUCCUGAUGUAUGUGGCCCAGGGUGAGAAGAUGGCGGAGGAGAGUGCCUGUCAGGCGAUGGACCAGGAGCGACGGCAACGGAAGAGCUUGGAAUCUGCCAGGGCUGCUCUGGCAAGGAUGCGGAAGAAGACGUGCCGACGCAGCAAGCCUGGACGACGAAGCCUCGGUGGUGUGAAUUUCUGACGCGCCGCGGCCCCCUCGCUACGUGAAAUGAUUUGGCAAUGCGACGUGCCAUGUGCCACAAAGCCGGGCCUUCACAGGCAG